GGCGAGACCCUGAAGGGCACGUUCGCCACGAAGGGCCUGCUCGCCCGGUGCGUGCAGGUGAAGACGACGGUCACGAACCCUUCUGGCAAGGAGCUCAAGAGGGCUGGCGUGUUCGGCCGGAUCAACGACCCGAAAGCCCAGACAUCCGUGCUGGCCAACGCGGUCGACGGCUCCAGCGACGUCGGCCAAUUCAGCCGGUGCAGGAUACCAUCUCCGCGUCUGAUAAGCCGCAGGAGGUGA